UCUUUCAAAAUAUUCUCGAUUAUUGUACUAGUCUUUAUUUUUAUGUUUUUUUUUUAAAUCUAUAUUUUAAAUGUUAUCUUUUAAUAUGUUUUCUAAUAAAUAAAUUUUAUCUUUAAAAAACAUAUUUUUUUUAGAACCCCUAAUUAAGAAACUCACAUUGGACCGCUCAAAAUGAGAGUUUCUUAACUACAAUCCUUAACCCCACUUAAGUACAGUUAAAAUAUUAAAUAAUCACUAAAAAACCCUUUACGGAUAAUGGGAUAAUUAUGCUCUUAAAUACAUAUUGUUAAUCUUUUUUUUUUUUUUUUUUGUCAAAUACAUAUCGUUAAUCUAAAAACAUAGAUUUUUAGGAUAAAAAAGUUCCAACGCGGCGGCGGAGCCAUGGUUCUCAAGACUGAGCUUUGCCGAUUCAGUGGUCAGAAGAUUUACCCAGGCAGGGGGAUCAGAUUCAUCAGAGCUGACUCUCAGGUGUUUUUGUUGGUUAACUCGAAAUGUAAGCAUUACUUUCACAAUAAGUUGAAACCGUCGAAGCUUGCAUGGACCGCCAUGUACCGUAAACAACACAAAAAGGAUGCUGCACAAGAGGCUGUGAAAAGGAGGAGACGUGCAACCAAGAAGCCGUACUCUAGGUCUAUCGUUGGCGCUACUUUGGAGGUUAUUCAGAAGAAGCGUGCAGAGAAGCCUGAAGUUCGUGAUGCAGCCAGAGAAGCUGCCCUACGUGACAUUAAGGAGAGAAUCAAGAAGACCAAGGACGAGAAGAUGGCAAAGAAGGCCGAGUUUGCUUCCAAACAACAAAAAAUUAAGGGCAAUAUCCCCAAGGCUGCCGCUCCCAAGGCUGCAAAGUUGGGUGGUGGCAAACGUUGAAUUGUGUUGUAGACUUAAACCAAGAACAGGAGCAGACAUGACAUUCAUGUUACUUUUUGAAUCAAAGCUACAUUUCUGGACCAGUUUGACAUCUAGUUGAGUUGGCAUUGAACAGUUUCGGCUUUGUGGAUUAUAGGUUUAGGUCCAUAACUUUACGAUGGUAAAAAAAAAAACAGAGACAGUGAAAUCUAUAAGCUUUGUUUUUCGGAUAUUUGACGAUCAAGCUUUUGACAUAGACUUGAAACUGAGCGCCAAGUGCCAAGCCGGUGAAGACAAAACCUUACUUUCCUUUUGCCAUUUAUUAAUUUUUUUGUGGCAAUUAAUGUCAGGACUGUCAUUGUCUCCCAAUCUCCAUCGUGAAAA